GAUUUGGUGAGAAAGUGCGAGACAUCGGAGUGCCGGCACUGCCGGCAUGCGUGCUUUCCCAAACAAUUCGCGUCGCAGAAUAUCUUGUUUGUUUACUCCGAACUUUUCUCGCGAUACGACAACGUUUUUAGGCAUUUCCGAAGACACGUGGGAGCGUUCGUUGCAUCGACAUGCGUGGCUCACAAUUGCUGAUAUACAUCGUGUUUCACCUGUGCGCGCUCUUCACGAAUGUCUAUUGCGAGGAGGCUGACAUAAUCGAUGAUGUCACGCCAGCCACUCCCGAACUGGGCAAAGAUCUACACUCGUUCUUCUACAUGGCCCCGGAAGAUGACUUGCCUAGCCCGGUGCCAGAGACGAGGAAAAACGAGCAAUCGCUCACCAUGGCGCAGCCAUGUCGAGAACUGGAUGAACGAAGCACUCAGGAAGGAAUUUUCUAUAAACGUUUGGUCACUAUAUUAUUGGCAAAUCUCGCGAUACAGAGAAUCGAUGACAGAUUGAUUGGGACGCUUAACAUAGAGGCACCUACUUCGCAAUUCGAGUACCUUCAGAACUUUGUAAACCAAGGCCAAGGUUCUAUAAGGGAGGUCGACAGAAUUCUCGACAGUGCGAUAAAGCAGUCGGAAUACUCGGCGUGCCACUAUAUGACAGAGGUGUCUCGUUAUUUCAACUUGUUUGUGAGCAAAGCAUCGGAGUACUUCACGUAUUGUCUAUUGUUUUUGAAAGAACACGUAAGAAUGAGUAAUUUAACGGGGGAAAUAACUGUAAUCUCCUUUACAGUCAUAGCUAUUUUUAUGAUCUUGAGAAGGAAAAGAUGCUCUCGAGGUUUACUUAUCUUUCUCAUGUUCGAUGUUAUAUUUGCAAUUAGCUUCUUCAUAACUUGGUGGCGACUUAUACAGGAAGCAGAAAUUAAAUUAAUGGCGAAACAAGCGCAAUUUGCGGAAAUGCCUAUUGCCUGCCAGCCGCAUAAAAUGAAUCUGUGGAACAAAAUGAUUACAACAGUUUUCGAAAAUCUCUUCACAACGAAUAAUGAUUGUGAAAGAUACUAUGAAACUAUCAUGAUGAAUCCUAGACUGCAAGUGACACCAGCACAGGCACUGACUCACUUAUUUAGUUCGGUCGUUUUCCAACCUUUCUCGUACUUUGGAUUAGUUAUAUCUGAAUUUAUAGAUAAUGCUACCAGCAAAUUGAACUUUUUAUGCAAGUUUCCCAUCGUAAUCGUUCUUUUCUUAACUUUCUGCGUAUGUAUGAUAUUAAUACCGUUUUCGUGGAUUGGCGGAUCUAUUAAUUUUGGUAUUGGACCUUUCUUCAAAUUUGGAAUGAGAGGCAGACAGAACUUAAACGAAAAGAAAGAGCGCAUUGAACGGAUUCGCGAGGAGACUUCAUCUCCGAUGAGACUGGAAGAUUCAGAAAAGAUGAAGCAAAUUACGUUUGAGCAAGAUAAUGAUCCUGCUGGAGGCGACGCUGGUACUGAUACACAACAUCUAAGAGAAAGACGUAAAAAAAUUAAGUGCAAAAGUAAAAAUGGAGAUGGAGAUAUCGUAUGUGAAAAAGAUGGACAUUGCUAACAAAGUUCUCGCAUUGUUGGAUACAAUGCUCCUCUCAUUAAUUUUUGUUUACACAUUCUGAUUAUACAGUAAUCAGUUUUAUAGAUUAGUAAUUAUUAAUUAUUUUAUACAUUAAUAAUUGAUAAGCAUAUCGAUGUUACAUCCUUGAAAUUAUAAGCUCAUUGUAUUGUAUAAUAAUAUUGAGAGAACAUUGGCGGGCAUAAAUUAAUCCUAAAGUAACUGUAUAAUAUUAUUUAAAUAUUUCGAGAAUAUUGAAGAUAUUUAUAUUAAUGUAUCGUAAAGUAAACUUUGGUAUAUUUUGUAUGUUACACUAAUAUAUUUUAAUAUCUCUCGCUUGUAGAAGUACUUAACACAUACGGAUGAACUGCGAAUCCUACUGGUACAGAGCGCCUUAUAUUUUUAUAGAUUAAUACUACUUGCUGUGAUAUAAACAUUGUAUUUUAUCGUAAGAUCAUAUUAAUCAAAUUAUCGCCAUAUGUGCAUGUUAUUUGUAUAGCUUGUUUCAAGUAUCUUAUUAAACGAUACAUUGACUACUCAA